GAGCUGUGUGUUUAAGUGGGACGUUGCUCUAGAAUCAUCUCGCGUGUUGUUAGUUAGCCAGCAAACAUGUCCGGUGACCAUAGCGUGUCUGUUCAACCUGCAGUCUUGUGGGCCCAGAGGAAUGAUUGUCUCUACAUUACUAUCAGCCUGACUGAUAUUAAAAGCAAGACCAUAGAUGUCAAGGAUCAGUCACUGGAGUUCAGAGCAAAAGCUGGCAAAGAUAAACAGGUGGACUAUGAAGUCAAGCUUGAUUUUUACGGACCUGUCUGCACAGAAGAACCCAAACUCUCGGUUUCUGGCAGAGAAAUAGUCAUAUGUAUUAAAAAGAAAGAACCCGGUGCAUGGCCUCGUCUACUGUCUCAGAAGGUCAAGUGUCCCUGGCUAAAAACUGACUUCAGUCGCUGGAAAGAUGAAGACGAUUCAGAGCCUGACAUGGAAGGAAAUAACUUUUCAAAUAUGCUUUCACAAAUGUCCAACUUCAAUGACUAUGGUGGUGACGAUGGAGCAGAUGGAGACCUGGAUUCUGAUGAUGAGGACCUCCCAGAUCUUGAAGUACCGAGUGCUGAGACCGAAAAAAACGAGACCGAAGAAGAGGAAGGAAAGAAACCUGAGACAGCAGCUUAAAAACUAUUCAAACCACUCCAUUUGUCUCGUGACGGUAUUCCACUUGUUCACCGUCUGUACAUGAGCAUUUUUACAACUCCACCAUUAAUUAUAUUCUUAUUACAAUCCUUCACAGAAUGA